CUCAAUUCGUUUAAAAUGAAGUGGUUUGUGGGUGUUGCUAUUGUCUUGACUCUCUAUAUCAUUUUGGUGUACGCCCAAACUGACGAGUAUGCUUGCCAAGUCCCAGGCACCUUCAGAUAUCCAGACGCAACAUGCAGAAAAUAUUACAAAUGCGUCGCGUACCGCGGAAAAAUCCUAAAAAGCAACUACAGCUGCCCCACGGGCAAACCUUUCAACCCAACCAGGUUGAUAUGCGACCAAUCAGCCACCUGCAUCGAAAAACUUUGCGACGACCCAGAAAUCGAUGCCACAACUAUAGAAAACAUCGCAGACCCGAACGCAGUAGGCUGUUCAACCUACAUAGAGUGCUUUGAUAAGAUUGGAACCGUCAAUUUUUGCCCAGCUGGUUCCGUUUUUGUCGAGGAAGGAAGUCAAUGUGUUGCCGGCGCAGCUUGUGAAUAAUGAAACAAUAAAUUAAUAAUAUCU